AAAAUAAAAAUAAAAAUAAAAAACUGUUCUUUUUGUUUCAUUUGUGAAAAAAAUUGAUAUGGAAAACAAUUGUGGAGCUCUGAAAAGAGGUGAUCUCAUGGAGCUGCCGCCCGGAUUCCGAUUCCACCCGACUGAUGAAGAGCUCAUCACUCACUACCUAUCGAAAAAGGUUUUGGAUCCCGAUUUUGCCCCCAUAGCCAUUGGAGAUGUUGAUAUGAACAAAGUUGAGCCUUGGGAUUUACCAUGGAAAGCAAACCUAGGUGAAAAGGAGUGGUACUUUUUUUGUGUUAGGGAUAAAAAGUACCCAACAGGCCUAAGGACAAACAGGGCAACAGCCUCAGGCUACUGGAAAGCCACUGGUAAAGACAAGGAAAUUUACAGAGGUAAUAAAAUCUUGGUGGGCAUGAAAAAAACCCUGGUUUUUUACAGAGGAAGGGCCCCAAAAGGUGAAAAAUCCAACUGGGUCUGCCAUGAAUACAGAUUGGAAGGCAAAUUCUCUCUUGAAAACCUCCCAAAAGCAUCCAAGAAUGAUUGGGUUAUCAGCCGGGUUUUUCAGAAAACGGCCGGGGGCAAAAAGGUCCACAUAUCGGGCCUGGUGAGAGUGGGCCCGAAUGGAAACGAGCUGCCGCCGUUGAUGGACGUGAAGCCCGAAGAAACUGGGCCGGGCCACGUGCACUGCUUCUCCAAGCCCGUUUUCCCAUCGCCCCACCAGAAAAUCCAAGACGAUCAUUUAACCGCGAAUUUUAACGGGCCCUCGGUUUUCUACGCGCCGGACUCUUUCCCGGUUCCUUGGGUUCCGUUCCCUACUGUUCAGCCAGGAAACGGGUUUCAGUUCACGGGCCCGGGCCCAAUUCAAGACCCGGCUCUCCUUAGGAGUUUCCUCGCGAGUUACGGCCAGUAUGCGAAUCCGGGCCCGGGGAAAGAGAGUGUGUCUCAAGAGACUGUGAUGAGCACUGAGAAUUCAUCUGUUGUGUCUAAUUUUGAGAUGGGGAAAAGGACAUUUGAGGAACAACAGCAGCAGGGUUUGGAGAGCAUUUGGAAUUACUGAAUGUGAUAUUGGUAAAUUUGAUUAAGAAGAAAAAAGAGGGAGAAAUUUAUAGAGGUAUAGUAUUUAGAUUUGAUUAAUAGUGUGUCAUAAAGGCAACUGUGAUUGUGUUUGUGUUGUGUGCAUAGAAAGAACCUUUGAAGUGGAGAUAUUUUGUGUUGAUGUAUCCAAACAUUGGUGUGAUUCUUGUGAUUUUUCUUUUUAAAAAAAUAUUUUUGUGUUGUAUCUUUUUGUUUUGAAUUGGGGUUAGAAUAUAGAAUUUGAAAUUGUGAUAUAUAUUUUUUGUAGUUGGACUUUGCUUUCAUAUUACUUUAUUUGUUACACUUCUUAUUU